GUCACUCAGCCGCCAACCCGCAGAAAUGCCUCGAGAGAUCAUCACAAUCCAGGCGGGUCAGUGUGGGAAUGCAAUAGGGUCCAGAUUCUGGCAACAGUUAUGUGAAGAGCAUGGGAUCAGCCGGGAUGGAAACCUCGAGGACUUUGCGACAGAGGGCGGUGACCGCAAGGACGUUUUCUUCUACCAGAGCGACGAUACGCGCUACAUCCCUCGAGCAAUUCUAGUUGAUCUGGAACCACGAGUCAUCAAUAGCAUCCAGCAGGGCCCGUACAAGAACAUUUACAACCCGGAGAAUUUCUUUGUGGGCGAAGAUGGCAUGGGCGCAGGGAACAACUGGGCGGCUGGCUACGCGGCGGGUGAAAGAGUACAGGAAGAGAUCUUCGAUAUGAUAGACCGAGAAGCCGAUGGAAGUGACUCUCUCGAAGGUUUCAUGCUGCUGCAUUCCAUUGCUGGCGGUACCGGGUCAGGCUUGGGAUCGUACAUGCUGGAGCGCAUGAACGACCGAUUCCCGAAAAAGAUCAUCCAGACAUACUCGGUGUUCCCGGAUACAGCCAUUGGAGAUGUCGUUGUCAACCCAUACAACAGUCUGCUGACAAUGCGUCGGCUGACACAGAAUGCUGAUUCGGUGGUGGUGCUCGACAAUGGCGCUCUAUCAAGGAUAGCAUCCGAAAGACUACAUGUUCAGGAGCCGUCGUUCCAGCAGACGAAUCAACUAGUCUCCACGGUCAUGUCGGCGUCUACCACCACGCUUAGAUAUCCUGGCUACAUGCACAAUGACCUGGUGGGGAUCAUUGCUUCACUCAUUCCAACUCCACGCUGUCACUUCCUCAUGACUGCUUACACGCCGUUUACCGGAGACAAUGUGGAGGCUGCGAAGACAGUGCGCAAGACAACCGUAUUCGACGUGAUGCGUCGCCUGCUGCAACCCAAGAACAGGAUGGUUUCAAUCAAUCCGUCAAAAUCAUCAUGCUACAUCUCCAUCCUCAAUAUCAUUCAAGGAGAAGCUGAUCCGACAGAUGUGCACAAAUCACUUCUCCGCAUUAGGGAGCGUCGGAUGGCUAAUUUCAUUCCCUGGGGUCCGGCCUCGAUCCAAGUGGCCCUGACCAAGAAAUCCCCGUACUUGCAGAACACCCAUCGCGUUUCGGGAUUGAUGCUCGCCAAUCACACCAGCGUGUCAACACUGUUCAGACGUAUUGUCGUGCAGUACGAAAAGAUGAGGAAGCGCAAUGCUUAUCUGGAGCAGUACAAGAAAGAAGCACCGUUCGCAGAAGGGCUGGGUGAAUUCGAUGAAGCGAAGGAGGUGGUCAUGGGUCUGAUAGCGGAGUAUGAAGCUGCUGAAAAGGACGACUAUCUUGACCCUGAUGCUGGAGAAAAGAAGGCAGAUGGAUCAUGAAGCAGCGGGCUCAAGCCAACCACGACAGGUAUUGCAUGAGACGAGCAAUAACAACGACGACAGCACGUAUAUGACUAUGAUGACAACGAGCCGAUUAUGCAACCAAGAUUCGCAGGCCCGCAUAGCGAGAUUUCGGGCCUUUGUUUGGUGCAAACUCGAGCCCAGAGGCAGGAAGCAGGGCAAAUCAAACGCUGACUCGAGACUUUGUCCAAGAGUCAGUGGACUUGGGAUUAUGAUGCAUUGACAACAUUGACAACACUGGCAAGACUUCACGAUUCCAACGUUUGCUUUGACUCUUUGAGCAAUGCGAACCCCACUGGACCAACCGGCGAAAAGAACCGUAGCCCGCGAUCUCGGGAAGGUGCAUUACUGCACUGCACAUGCCGCCAGUCACAGAUCCACCCCGAUCGAGUUUACUGCACGCCGAAAUCCCUUGACGCACAUGACCGCAUGACCAGUGGUUAGGCAUGUCAGUAGGCGAGUUGUAACUGUCGUGGCAGCAGUCAUCAGUCUCCUUUUGCAUGCAGGACGGCCUGAAGAACAUGUGCGCAGUCAUGCUUAACGCCCGUGGUCAGCUCUCAUGCAUCACAUGCAGCGUGUCACACUGUGGGCGGAGGACUCCUCGUUAGGAACAUGAACUGAAUCCUCUAGCCAGCUGUUGGCCGCAUUCGGAGCCAGGAGAAGAUGCGAGUAGAUAGUGCCCAACUCGGGUCAAAUGUAUGUACGUAGUUGGCUUCCAAAUUAGUGAGGCACCAAAGACCAGACCGUUGCCAUUAGCGAUGGCAAUACCACAAUGCUA